AAGUAACCAAAGAUUAACUCAAGCGUAAAGUUAGUUUCAUUUUGGUUACCAAGUUGGUUCUGUAAAUAUAAAGGACAUAAGACAUGUCUGAAUGAGUAAGCUUGUAUAAGUGUGAGAAACAGAGCAGAGAGAGAGAAGUGUAAAAAGAUUAAGAGCUCGGUUUGAGCUAAGUUCUUAGUGGAUUUUCCGGAGACCUUCUCCGGCGAGAUGUAGGAUCUCUCCCAAGGGUCCGAACUCGUUAAUUCCCUGUGUCUUUACGUUUCAAGCUCUUUACUUUAAGUCUUCUCAAACAAACAAACAAACAAACAACAACUCUGUUUCUUGCUCAAGUUUCUUACACACAAGUGUUAAUAGUGAGAGAGAGAGUGUUUAGACUGAAGAAAGAUCGCUACUUUAUCAUGUCUAAACCCAACAUUCCUCCUCCUGUUUGGUCAUUGAACAUUGUAGUGAAAUAAUUAAGUAAAAUGUUCUGUAUAUUUUUUAAUUUGCAGCUCUGAAUCAAGUGAAGUGGAUGAGUUUGAAAAGAGAUUGGCUUCACUUCAACGAAUCUGAGAGUCAGCUUAAGUGCAUGAUGUAUGAAGAAAGAAAGAAAAAGCAAAAAAAAUAAUAAUAAACAGCUUUCCUUUUUUGCUUGUGAUCUCUCUCUAUAAAUCUGCUGAAACUCAAAUUGCUUUGAUAAGAUUUUUAUCAUCAUAAACACCAAAGGCUUUUUAUGAAGAAGAAACGUAUACUUUUUACUACAGAGUACUCUCUCAGUAGCAGCAAAAUUUCUAGACUAAUAACCAUUCUUAUAGAAGUAUGAUUUUUAAUUGUUUUAUUUAAUCUUAUAGAAAUGGAUCUCAUCGGCUUCACAAUCGAUUUGAACUUGCAUGAAGCAACUGCAAGUCUGAAAAUGUCUACACAAGAACGCUGAAGAUCAUUGAUCUUGUCUCCGGUUUGUUCUAGUUUUUGAUUCGGCCACAUGAAAUCUCAUUUCUAGUAGAGCUUUGGUUCCAAGUGGGGAUAGAUCUGAAGCGAGCUCAUAGUCGGAUCUGCAUAGACGAGUCGACUCUAGGAGUUACCGAGUCAUACCGGAGCAAGUUUCCAUACCAAUCAACAAAAUUAAAAUAAGAAGAAAAAAGUAGACAUUGGAGCAAGGGAAAGAUGGUUUUAAUUUUAGAUUUUGGCUCCACUGUAAUCACGACACCUCCUGACGAAGCAAUAUAAUGCAAAUCUUCGUGGAUAAUAAACGAAUCAUUCAGUACAUAGGAAAUCCAAAUUCCUUGCGCGGCAGAGAGAAUAUAAACAGAAUUGAUUACAUGGGUUAUCUUCACGAUCACCAAUCCUCCCUUCCUUUUCCCAAUAUAAUUAGAAACAAUAGAGAGAUUUCCUGUAAUAGUUUGUAUAUUUGCUGUGUUCUUUGGCAUUGUAAACAAAUGGCCGUAAUUAUGGAAGAUAGAUCAACGCAUUUUUACGAGGAGAUCGAACCCUUUUGUCGAUGGAGGAGAUCGGAAGACAUCGACACUCUUGAGCUACAUCUUCCUCCAGGUUUCAAGAAAGAUCAUCUAAAACUACAGAUCAACAACAAUGGUAUACUAACAAUAACAGGAGGUUCUCCUGUGGACCAAACCAAAUCAAUCCUGUUCAGGAAAGAAACGAAAGUUGCAAAAAACUGCAGAAGAAAUGAGAUUCGUGCAAAGUUCUCAAAGGGUGUUUUGUAUGUGACAAUGCCAAAGACAAGCGCUAUAGCGGCGACUCCUCCAGUGCCUUCUAUGGGAAACACAUCAGAAACUCAAGAUCGUAAAGCGAAUGAUAUAGCAAAGUGUGCAAGUGAAUUUCAUAGCAAGUUUGCCUCACUGAGAGAAAUACUAUGGAGGAAGACAGUUGUUGAGGGUGUAGUAGCCGUGGUGGUUGCAGCCGCUGCAGUUGUAGGAGCGGUUAAAGCCUACCAAUAUGUUAUGGCAUCACCUGUUUGAUCAUAUGAUAAUAAGACAACAUUGUUACCAGUGGGUAUAAUUCGAUAACAACAUUUGUUCUCUUUCACUUUAGUGAAGCAGUUCUUCUUUAAUACUUCUCCUAUCGGACCAAAAAAAAAAUUAUUUCUGCCAUUUCCCUCUAGAAAAGCGGUUGUGCAUCUUUAAUAUUAAACUAUGUAUAUUAACAUGAAAAUAUCCAUAUUAUAUCAAAUAAUUUUUUUAAUGUCUAGAAA